GCUCCACGUCCCCGGCCCGCGGCUAUUUAAGCCGGGGCAGCUGGGCGCUGCGGAGGCUCCGGGCGGGAGGGAGGCGAUGCCCGCCGCCGCCGCCGCCGGAUGCUAGCCCGGGACUGAGUGGCCGCCGCCGCCCCGCCCUGGGGGACCGUGGCCGUGACCGUGGGGACUCGCAGGUGUGGGUCAUCGGUUAUGUCCAUUUGAGACGUGUCCAUCGGGAAUCACCUGUCCUCACUGAGUGUCUGCCGGGGCCGGGACCCUGCCUGCCUGACCAUGUCUAACGAAGUAGAAACGAGUGCAGCUAACGGUCAGCCUGACCAACAGGCUGCGCCAAAGGCACCGUCCAAGAAGGAGAAGAAGAAAGGUUCUGAGAAGACAGAUGAGUAUCUCUUGGCCAGGUUCAAAGGUGAUGGCGUAAAAUACAAGGCCAAGCUAAUUGGCAUUGAUGACGUGCCCGAUGCACGAGGAGACAAAAUGAGCCAAGACUCUAUGAUGAAACUCAAGGGAAUGGCAGCCGCUGGUCGGUCUCAGGGACAACACAAGCAAAGGAUCUGGGUCAAUAUUUCCCUGUCUGGCAUAAAAAUCAUCGACGAGAAAACUGGGGUCAUAGAGCACGAACAUCCCGUAAACAGGGUUUCUUUCAUUGCCCGCGACGUGACAGACAACAGAGCAUUUGGUUACGUGUGUGGAGGGGAAGGCCAGCAUCAGUUUUUCGCAAUCAAAACAGGGCAGCAGGCUGAGCCAUUAGUUGUUGAUCUUAAAGACCUUUUCCAAGUUAUCUAUAAUGUAAAGAAAAAGGAAGAAGAGAAGAAAAAGGCUGAAGAAACCAGCAAAACAGUAGAGAAUGGAAAUGAGGCCCUGAUGACUCUUGAUGACCAGACUAACAAACUGAAGUUGGGUGUUGACCAGAUGGAUUUAUUUGGGGACAUGUCUACACCUCCUGACCUAAAUAGUCCAACAGAAAGCAAAGAUAUCCUGCUAGUGGACCUAAACUCUGAAAUCGACACCAAUCAGAAUUCUUUAAGAGAAAAUCCAUUCUUAACAAAUGGCGUCACCUCCUGCUCUCUCCCGCGACCAAAACCUCAGGCACCUUUCUUGCCUGAAAAUGCCUUUUCUGCCAAUCUCAACUUCUUUCCCACCCCUAAUCCUGACCCUUUUCACGAUGAUCCUUUCGCACAACCAGAUCAGUCGACACCUCCUUCGUUUGAUUCUCUCAAAUCUCCAGAGCAGAAGAAAGACAAUUUGAGUAGCAAUGGGCCCCUGAAUGGUGACGUUGAUUAUUUUGGUCAACAGUUUGACCAGAUUUCUAACCGGACUGGCAAACAGGAAGCUCAGUCAGGCCCGUGGCCCUACCCAAGUACGCAAACCCAGCAAGCAGUGAGAACUCAGAAUGGGGUAUCUGAAAGAGAACAGAACGGCUUCCAUGUCAAAUCUUCCCCGAACCCUUUUGUGGGAAGCCCGCCCAGAGGACUGUCUGCACAGAAUGGCUUAAAGGAGGAUGGGGACAGCUCUGUCCAGUCCUCCCCACAUGACUCCAUAGCCAUUAUCCCACCUCCACAAAGCACUAAACCAGGAAGAGGCAGAAGGAGUGCUAAGUCUCCAGCAAAUGACUUGCUUGCGUCAGACAUCUUUGCACCUCCCAUCUCAGAACCUCCAGGCCAGACAUCACCCACAGGACCCUCUGCAGCCCCACAGAGCAACCCUCUGGAUCUCUUCAAAACAAGUGCUCCUGCCCACAUGGGGCCCCUCACAGGUCUAGGAGGUGUGUCAGCCGCCCACCCUCCGGCAGGACCUUGGAGCACACCCGUCGUCUUCAACCAGACCACGUCCAUGGUCCCAGGAGUCAUGAUAGGUCAACCUCCAGGUUUCGGCCAGCCAGUCGUUUUUGCUACAAGCCCAGCUGUUCAAGGUUGGAACCAGCCUUCGUCUUUUGCCACGGCCUCAGCUUCCCCCCCAGCCCCUGCCAUGUGGGGUGCUUCUCCAUCUAUGACACCCAGUGCCUGGUCAUCCACAAGCUCUCUGGGGAACCCGUUUCAGAGCAACAUUUUCCCACCUCCUGCCGUGCCUGCCCAGCCCUCUCCCGUCAUGUCCUCUCUCCUGGCCUCGCCUCCGCAGCCACCUCCCAGAAAUGGCCCACCGAAGGACAUCCCCACCGAUGCUUUCACGGCCUUAGACCCACUUGCCGAUAAAGAAGCCAAGGAAGUGAGGGAGAUGUUUAAGGACUUCCAACUGCGGCAGCCGCCUGUUUUGCCCUCAAGGAAAGGAGAUCCCCUUCCUACCGGGACUUCAAGUGCCUUUUCCAGUUAUUUCAACAGUAAAGUCGGCAUUCCUCAGGAGAACGCAGACCAUGAUGACUUCGAUGCCAAUCAACUGUUGAGCAAGAUCAAUGAACCACCAAAGCCAGCUCCCCGACAAGGUGCCCUGCCAGUUACCAAACCUGCUGACAAUGCAUUCGAGAACCCUUUCUCCAAAGGACCCUUCAGUUCACCACAACCCCCUAUGGCUUCUCCUCAACCUGUGUCUUCUGAUGUGUACAGGGAUCAUUCUGGAAACCCUUUUGCCUAGCUGCUGAACUUGCAAUGCCGGUCUUCCAGAGGAACAAGGAGAUUGGCCUUAGCAGUCCAGGACAAAGCUAUUAGCCAGACACGUCCUGACUCCUGUCUUUGAUCCAGCUUUGACAUAUUACAUGUUGCUUUAUUCCUUGUUGGCUCUUCUACUUGUCAAAUGCCUUUUCCUUUCUGUCUAGGCUAAAGCUAAACUGAAUAUGUUGCCUUAUGGAAAUUAAGAUCCUAAACUCUAGCUAAAAUGUAAUGAAGUACCUUUCCUACCAAAUCCUCACCGGGAGUGUCUCUGGAAUGAUCCAAAUGAGAGGUGCAGCUACCACGUCCCCCCAUACUCUACUGCUUUGUGCAAAUGUUCAAGUACUUACAGCCUAAAAUCAUAGGUAGGGGUACGUGGUACAGAGCAUAAUAACAUGCAAGGGGUUCAGUUCAGCAAGGUACUUUUUUUUAAUAGAUAGCUUACUUCAGACCAAUAUUCAGAAAGAAAUUUUCAAAUGAAUGAAAGAAAAAUUGACUUCUCCUUAGACACUUUGGAACCUAACCCACCUGUGAUGUCAGCUUCUCUCUCCACUGAUGGGAUCUUUGAUCAACUCGCCCUCAACAGAUGCUUUCCAUUGUCCUGGAAAGAGAAAGUUUUGACUCAUGGGUUGCCUUUCAAAGCUCAUAGGAUAAGAAAUUAUCACUUUGGGACCUCAGACUUUUUUUUUGUUUUUCAUUCCAAGCAUUUUGAAGCUGUUCGAUUCUGGUGACCUUAUAUGGCCUGAAGUUUUCUAGAUUGUUCUGAUUGCAUCUCAUGUAAUUGUUUUCUCAGUAAAGAUGAUUAUUAUGUAUAUAAUUUCAAGAUGUAAUUUCUCCUCUCUAUGAAGAUUUCUACUAAGGCCAAGACUGCCUCCCCCAACCUUCCUUUAAUCACCUGCUAGCUAUUGCAAAUGAGAGAAAAGCAUUAUUCAUCUGUCUUCAUCUUUCCCUCUGCAUUUUAUUUCCAGUCCAUUUUGCUCCUGGGUUCAUAUGGCAUUCCCUCCCUGUUACAAGGAACAGACUUUUCAUUGGGCCAAAAAAGCAUUGAGUGGCUCACAGAUCUGGAGUCUCUCUUCCUUCUCAGUCAUUGCUAGUCCAGUAACUAUGCUGGAAGAACCUUCAUCUUCUCGUAGGACUGGGGACCCUCCUCUUCAGUUCCAGGAGAGCAAUCAACAUGGAGAAGAAUCUAGACUCACUUCAGCAGUGAAGGACUUCUUCUGAAGAGGAAUACAUCAUAAAGGGCAGAGUGUGUCUGUGCCAAACACACCAGGCCUCACUGGAAGUCACAGUAGGCCUUUUUCAAAGUAACUGGAAAACUUUCUUGAAGCGACGGUCAGAGAGCCAGAUAAAUGGGAGAAGAAAAGGUGCCAGACAAGUACUUGAGGUUAUUAUUGAAAAUCUAAUUGCUGCAGUGUUUUCCUGGUAACCUUGGAGAAAGUUCCCCAGCUCAUUUUCAGUUCUAUUGUUAGCACAGUUCUGAAGGCUUUGUUCCUGCCAAAAUGAGUUUUGUUGAGUUUAUGUUUAUUUUUUGUAAAGGUUAUCUCUUGACCCCUUAUGCUCAGGUUCUGGUGGAUGUUAAUCAACCAUAUAUAAGCUUACCUUUAAGUGGAAGAAGAAAAUGACUGCUCAGGAUUUAAACAAGAAGGUGGCCUUGUGAGCCUCUAUUGAUUUAGCCCCAAGCAGUCCAAGCUAAAAGUCUUGUGGGUUUAUGUUUAAUAAUAGUCGAUUAUCUAUGGCAUAUUUUUCUGUCUGGCUUCUUCCUUCGUCAUGAUAAACACAAACUUGAAACAGUACUUUAAAAGUCCAAACACUUCAAGUGCUAAACUGGAGGCAACUAUUUCUAGAUAGUUGAGUUUUUACAAGUGCUGAUCAGCCACAUAACUGUUGUAUACAUACUUGUUUUCCUGUGCACUUUCUGUAUGCAAAUAAAGCUAUAAAUUUACUCAUUUCAAUAAACUGGAAUGACACAA